AUGACUGCACUAGCCGGAAACAACUUUCUUAGCGUGCCCUACAUGGAAUCACUCGACAGUCUCAACUGUGCCCUCAACCAAAACUCAUUCGAUAACGUCGACUCGACAGACUCUUUCCUAAAGUCUGAGCUUUUCCCGCAGAAGAGUACCAACGAACAGUCCAAUACCAAUGCUAAACGUGCCCCUAUCUCUGCCUCGACAAACAAGAUUAGCAACAGUUCGCCCUCAAAUGCCUCGUCAGCAAUAGACAGUGGCAUAUCCAUCAAGUCUGAAGAUUACAGUUACGGCAUGCUGGAUGUCGACUCGGCAGUUUCCAGCGCAGGCUCUUCACCGCAUCAGAUACUACUGAACGAGUUUGACCCAAUUCCACAACUCACCUACUAUCCCCAGCUAUGCGCAGAAGAAGACAGCACGAGCGAGGCGAGUUUCGCUUCCGCUACCUCACCCACCAUGCCACCAAACGACUUUUCUUACUCCUUUUCGGACAACCUCCAACCAUAUCCAACCUCAUAUUAUGACAUAAUCCAACAACAACCGUUCGAACCUGCGCCCACAGUACCUCAAUCCAUGGAUCAAAUGCGCUUUAUCAUUUACGAACCGACAAACGACGGCGCACCCCUCGUACCCACUCUCAACCAAUCUUCCAUAAACACAAUUUGGCCGGCAAUGGUGCCAACAGACGCGUUGACGCGGAGCACGUUCCAACCGCAGACCGGUGGUCUCUCAUUCCCAUACGAAUUUGCGGCAAAUUCAGUAACGUCUCCGAUAGACCCCGCAUCAUCAUCGUCGUCUCCCCAAUUAGCUCCGCAGCAGACGCAAGCUGAUUGUCCCAAGACAUUCAGUCGACUAUACAACCUGAAAGCACAUUUGCGAUCUCAUUCACCUGCUCGUCCGUAUCAAUGUCCAAUGUGUCCGAGAUCGUUCUCUAGGAAACACGAUCUGCAGAGACAUAUCAGAGUGCAUACAGGUGUCAAGCCGUAUCAGUGUCCGUGUUGCCACAAGGCAUUUGCACGAACAGAUGCUUUACGCAGGCAUUUCAAGAUGGAAGAGACGUGUAGAAACUCGCCCGAGGUGCAAAACAUGAAGACGAGGAGAAGAUACUCGGAUUUGCAUUGA